UUUUGAGGGGGCCACAACCCUUCCGGAAACUGCUGCAAAGGCGGCCCCCAGAGCUGGGGGGGAGGGGGCUUUGGGAGCCCCCACAACCCCUGGCCGGGGGGCUGUUAAUGGGGAGGGGUCUCCACCGCCUCCUCCCCCUCAGAACGGACCCGUCCGGAGCUGCUGUCGGAGGAGACCCAGCGGCGAUUCCUGCAGGACAUCCAGAACUUCCAGGAGCCGGAGAUCUCCCGGCAGCUGGAAGACUUCAGGUCGAAGCGGUUGAUGGGGAUGACGCCGGGGGAACAGGAGCUGUCGGAGCUGGAGUGGAGCCGCGCCCGGGACCCCUCAGGAUGCGAAUCCAAGGAGAAGCAGCUGGCCGAGCAGCUCCUGGCUCGCCUCGAGGAGAUGCACCUCACCAUCUCAUCAGAUGAGGAAAAAAGCUCCGUCAUCUUCGGCGCCAUCGUCGCCUACAUGAAAUUUCUGGGCGUCAGAACCAAGGGUGGCGACACCAAAAAAUCCAAAUCCAACUUUUUCCGUAAAAAGAUUUCCGGGAAGGAGCCCCAGGGAAAGGCCCGGAAGGGUUUCAGCCUCCCCGGGGCCGCUCUGUGGGGUCGCGACGCCCACAGUGCUGAGUUCAGGCAAAGCGAAGCUGAAAAGCCCCCCCACCCAGAGCGGAGGGGCCCAAGGGGGGCAGAGCGCAUUGAGGGGGGGUCUUCCCGCCCCCCCCGUGGCGGGGGGGGCACAGGCGGGACCCCCGACCCCCCCCCAGGCCUGUCAGUCACCGUGACCCCCCCGGGCGGGGACAGCGCCGAGGCUGAAGCAGGGACGGACCUCCUGGGACCCUCGGAAUUGGGGGAUCCCUCCCCGGAGCCCCCCUCCGGAGAGCAGCACACCGUGGAGGAGGGAACAGAGAGCGAGAGGUGGGUGAGAUGUCCCCCCCCAAAAUUUGGG